UACAGAGGGCUGAUGAUGCUGUUGGUUGAGUCUAUUCUAUUGUGGAGUCAAUUCCUGGCAAGAUUUGGAGCAAAUCUGCCCAGGAUCUUGCUUUCCAUGAGGUGGGAUUUUCUCAGUCAUCACACCUCUUUCUCUACUCACUUUCCCUCUUUCUUCAUAUCUCCCGGAAUCCUUUCAUGUGCUUGUAUAUAUAUCAACUCAACCACACCUACACCCUUCAAAAAUCAAAGCCCUCAUGCCAAGCACACACACCACCUGCCUUCCAUCCACAACUCUUCCUCGCUGCUGCUCAAAGCAUACUCCUUCCCCAUCAGACACAAUGACACAAGCAGGAAAACACACAGAGUUCUGCUCUCUUGUUUCUUCCAUGGCAGUGGCCGCAGAGACUCCGUUCCAUGUCCUGGCUGUGGAUGAUAGUCUCCCAGACAGGAAACUCAUCGAGAGGCUUCUCAAGACCUCUUCUUUCCAAGUUACCACAGUUGAUUCUGGGAGCAAGGCUCUGCAGUUCCUGGGGCUCCAUGACGAGGGCAGUCAAGUUUCUGUUCAUGUGGACCAGCUGGAUGUUGCGGUGAACCUGAUCAUCACUGACUACUGCAUGCCUGGCAUGACAGGAUAUGAUCUGCUCAAGAAGAUCAAGGAAUCAUCCUCUCUAAGAGAUAUCCCAGUUGUUAUCAUGUCAUCAGAGAACAUUCCUUCAAGGAUCAAUAGAUGCCUGGAGGAAGGAGCGGAUGAGUUUUUCCUAAAACCAGUACAGCUAUCAGACAUGAGCAAGCUGAAGCCCCACAUACUGAAAAGCAGAUGCAAGGAGCACUACCACCAGGAACAGCACGAGCAAAGUGACUGCAAUAGCAACGGAAGCAGUGACUCCACAAACAACAGCAUCAGUGAUUGCUGCAACAGCCGCAAGAGAAAGGCAGCAGACGACGAAAUUUUGCCCCAGACAAUCAGACAAAGGCACAGUUAGCUGCAAACUGAUCAUAGGACAGUUAACCCUUUUUUUCCUUGGUUCUUUGUCUUACUCAGCUUUUGGCCUACUCAUUUGUAACACAGAUGUUGGACCUUAAUUUGCAAAAUAUAAUGGAAUCCAUAAACGUGUACCGCUUGAAUCCAAUUGAGUGAUUCUACAAAACGUUUUAAUUUUUA